AUGAGAACAGGGAUAUUCACUGCUCCAGUUACAGGAACAUAUUUUUUUUCUGCAAGUGCUCGUGGUAAAGACAAAAGAACGGUCCUCCAUCUUCGCCAAAAUACUAAAAUGAUGGUCAGCGGGAAAAACAAUGCGAAUAAAUUUAGUACGUUGUCUUGUUCUGCUGUUUUGUUUCUUCAAAAACGUGACACUGUCGACUUGCUGUUGAGGCACGGAGAGAUACUUGGCUACACAGAUUCAGAUGGUCAUACAACUCAAUUUUCGGGAUUUUUGAUUUCACAGGAGGACUGA